UCCUAUCGCGCCACCACCUCUCUGCGCUUGCGCAUUCAUGCCGUCAAGUUUUCCUUUUCCGGGUCCCAAUUGGAACCGUUGGGCGCAUGCGCCACUGCAGGCUGGCGGCUCGCGGCUCCUUCUUCCGGCCUCCUCCUCAGGCCGGCACCGGCAGAAGCCCGGCGAGCGCGGAGCCCCAAGCGAGUGACCUGCGACCCCGGAAGUGGACCCCAGAUCCUGGGGUUCUCCCUGGUCCGGAGACUAGAGAGCUGUCGCCUGCACCCCGGGAGCAUCCACCCCACGCCCACCUCUGGAUGCCGCCGACGGGUGCCCGGCCCGUGCCCCGCGCCUGCCUGCCAGCUCGGCCCCUCGGAGCAAUUCUGGGCCACGAGUGGGGACGCGGACCCCGCCCCUGAUGCAGCCCCACCCCCGCGUCUGGGCCUUGCACCGCUGACUGUCCCGGUCGGCCCCGCCCCCUGCCCGCACCCUCACGCGGCCGAGCCCCCCUCCCCCGCUGGGGGAGGCCAUGGCGUGAGCGUGAGGCCGGGCCCCGGGGCCCUCAGGCGCCAGACGGGGCAUGGGCCGGGGGCCGCCCCCAUGAGGGUCCCGGGAGUGGGGCGCGCGCAGCAGCGGCGGGGCCAUGGGGUCGCAGGUGUUGCAGAUCCUGCGCCAGGGGGUGUGGGCCUCGCUCACCGGCGGUUGGUUCUUCGACCCGCACCAGAGCACCUUCUCCAACUGCUUUCACCUCUAUGUUUGGAUCUUCCUGCUCAUCUUUCCCUUCUUGCUGUACAUGGUCUUGCCUCCCAGCUUGAUGGUGGCCGGCGUGUACUGCCUUGUGGUGGCUGUCAUCUUUGCUGCCAUCAAGACCGUCAACUAUCGGCUGCAUGCCAUGUUUGACCAGGGCGAGAUCGUGGAGAAGCGCAGCUCUACCAUGGGGGAGCUGGAGGAAGAGCCUGCCCAGGGGGACAGCAAUCCACCCAGGGACCCCGGAGUGGAGAUGACCGUGUUCCGGAAAGUCAGUUCCACACCCCCAGUGCGCUGCAGCUCCCAGCACUCUGUGUUUGGCUUCAACCAGGUCUCGGAGCUGCUGCCCCGAAUGGAGGACUCUGGGCCCCUCAGAGACAUCAAGGAGCUGGUGCGGGAGCAGGGCAGCAACAAUGUGAUCGUGACCUCUGCCGACCGAGAGAUGCUGAAGCUCAGCUCGCAGGAGAAACUGAUUGGAGACCUUCCCCAGACGCCUCCAGGGGCUGUCCCAGACCCCUCUCUUCCCAGUACAGACUCUUCAGAGCCUUCUCCCCUGGCUGGAGAUGGAGCGCCCUGGAGUGGGAGCAGCAUGGCUGACACUCCCAUGAGCCCCCUCCUGAAGGGGAGCCUCAGCCAGGAGCUGAGCAAGAGCUUCCUGACCCUGACCCGGCCUGACCGGGCCCUGGUGAGGACCAGCAGUCGACGGGAGCAACGCAGGGGGGCAGGUGGCUAUCAGCCCCUUGACCGGCGGGGCUCAGGGGAGCCCACGCCCCAGAAAGCGGGCUCCUCAGACUCUUGCUUCAGCGGCACUGAUAGGGAGACAUUGAGCAGCUUCAAGAGUGAGAAGACCAACUCCACCCAUCUGGACAGCCCCCCAGGGGGGCCAGCCCCUGAGGGCAGCGACACAGACCCACCCUCUGAGGCUGAGCUGCCCGCCUCGCCAGACGCCGGGGUCCCCUCAGAUGACACACUGCGUUCCUUUGACACGGUCAUUGGAGCAGGGACGCCACCGGGCCUGGCUGAGCCGCUCCUGGUUGUGCGGCCCAAGGACUUGGCCCUGCUACGGCCUAGCAAACAGCAGCCACCCCUGCGAAGACACUCUCCACCUGGCCGUGCCCCUCGACGGCCCCUGCUUGAAGGUGGGGCCUUCUUUGAGGAUGAAGACACCAGCGAGGGCAGUGAACUGAGUCCAGCCUCCAGUCUCCGAUCGCAGCGCCGCUACAGUACUGACAGCUCUUCUUCUACUUCCUGCUACUCCCCUGAGAGCUCCCGGGGUGCAGCAGGGGGACCUCGAAAGCGGAGAGCCCCCCAUGGGGCUGAGGAGGGAACUGCUGUGCCCCCCAAGCGGCCAUAUGGGACCCAGCGGACGCCUAGUACCGCCAGCGCUAAAACACAUGCCCGAGUGCUGAGCAUGGAUGGGGCUGGGGGUGAUGUUCUGAGGCCCCCACUGGCUGGCUCCAAGGCCGAGCUGGAGGCCCAGGUUGGGGUGGAGCAGGCUGCUGGUGAGCCUGCUGUGCUGCCUGCUGAGGCCCGAAGGGGACCUGCUGCCAACCAGCCCGGCUGGCGGGGGGAGCUGCAGGAAGAAGGUGCCGUGGGGGGAGCAGCUGAGGAGACUGGCAGGCGGGACCGCUCAAGCAGUGUGAGGCGGACCCAGGCCAUUCGGAGACGCCACAAUGCAGGCAGCAACCCCACCCCUCCAGCCUCUGUCAUGGGCUCGCCUCCCAGCCUGCAGGAGGCUCAGCGGGGCCGGGCUGCCUCUCACUCCCGGGCGCUGACUCUGCCCUCUGCGCUGCAUUUCGCCUCUUCACUGUUGCUCACCCGGGCCGGUGCCAGUGUGCAUGAGGCCUGCACCUUUGAUGACACCUCUGAGGGUGCUGUGCACUAUUUCUACGAUGAGAGCGGUGUGCGGCGUUCCUAUACCUUUGGUCUGGCUGGAGGCGGCUACGAGAACCCUGUAGGGCAGCAGGGGGAGCAGGCAGCUAAUGGAGUCUGGGACCGACACUCACAUUCCUCCAGCUUCCACUCAGCUGAUGUCCCUGAGGCCACAGGCGGCCUGAACCUGCUGCAGCCGAGGCCUGUGGUUCUGCAGGGCAUGCAGGUGCGCCGGGUGCCCCUGGAGAUCCCAGAGUUUGACCUGCUGGACCAGGACUCCCUGCACGAAUCCCAGGAGCAGACGCUGAUGGAGGAAGCGCCACCCCGGGCCCAGCAUAGCUAUAAGUACUGGCUUCUCCCUGGCCGCUGGACCUCUGUGCGCUACGAGCGGCUUGCCUUGCUGGCUCUGCUGGACCGGACGCGGGGAGUGCUGGAGAACAUCUUCGGCGUGGGCCUGAGCAGCCUUGUGGCCUUCCUGGGCUACCUGCUGCUGCUCAAGGGCUUCUUCACCGACAUCUGGGUCUUCCAGUUCUGCCUCGUCAUCGCCUCCUGCCAGUACUCCCUACUGAAGAGCGUCCAGCCUGAUGCGGCGUCCCCCAUGCACGGCCACAACUGGGUGAUCGCGUACAGCCGGCCUGUCUACUUCUGCAUCUGCUGUCUGCUCAUCUGGCUGCUGGACGCCCUGGGCUCAGCUCAGCCCUUCCCACCUGUCUCCCUCUAUGGCCUCACGCUUUUCUCCGCCUCCUUCUUCUUCUGUGCCCGAGACGUGGCCACUGUGUUCACCCUGUGCUUCCCCUUCGUCUUCCUCCUGGGCCUCCUGCCCCAGGUCAACACCUGCCUCAUGUACCUGCUGGAGCAAAUAGAUAUGCACGGCUUCGGGGGCACAGCCGCCACCAGCCCGCUCACGGCAGUCUUCAGCCUCUCCCGCAGCCUGCUGGCCGCUGCCCUGCUCUACGGCUUCUGCCUUGGGGCCAUCAAGACUCCGUGGCCAGAGCAGCACGUCCCUGUCCUCUUCUCAGUCUUCUGUGGCCUCCUGGUGGCGCUGUCCUACCACCUGAGCCGGCAGAGCAGCGACCCCACCGUGCUCUGGUCUCUGAUCCGGAGCAAGCUCUUCCCUGAGCUGGAGGAGCGCAGCUUGGAGACAGCCCGGGCCGAGCCCCCGGACCCCUUGCCGGACAAGAUGCGCCAGUCAGUGCGUGAGGUCUUGCACUCCGACCUGGUGAUGUGUGUGGUUAUCGCCGUGCUCACCUUCGCCAUCAGUGCCAGCACCGUCUUUAUUGCCCUGAAGUCGGUGCUGGGUUUCGUGUUGUACGCACUGGCUGGGGCCGUGGGCUUCUUCACACAUUACUUGCUGCCACAACUCCGCAAACAGCUGCCCUGGUUCUGCCUGUCACAGCCUGUGCUGAAGCCACUGGAGUACAGCCAGUAUGAAGUGCGUGGUGCUGCCCAGGUGAUGUGGUUUGAGAAGCUGUAUGCUGGCCUGCAGUGCGUAGAGAAGUACCUCAUCUACCCAGCCGUGGUGCUCAACGCCCUCACGGUGGAUGCCCACACAGUCGUCAGCCACCCGGACAAGUACUGCCUCUACUGCCGGGCGCUGCUGAUGACCGUGGCUGGGCUGAAGCUGCUGCGCUCAGCCUUCUGCUGCCCUCCGCAGCAGUACCUGACGUUGGCCUUCACUGUCCUGCUCUUCCACUUCGACUACCCGCGCCUCUCCCAGGGCUUUCUGCUUGACUACUUCCUCAUGUCCCUGCUUUGCAGCAAGCUGUGGGACCUGCUGUACAAGCUGCGUUUCGUGCUGACCUACAUCGCGCCCUGGCAGAUCACCUGGGGCUCGGCUUUCCACGCCUUUGCCCAGCCCUUUGCCGUGCCACACUCGGCCAUGCUGUUCGUCCAGGCCCUGCUCUCGGGGCUCUUCUCCACACCUCUCAACCCGCUGCUGGGCAGCGCCGUCUUCAUCAUGUCCUAUGCUCGGCCCCUCAAGUUCUGGGAGCGUGACUACAACACUAAACGUGUGGAUCAUUCCAACACCCGCCUGGUCACACAGCUGGACCGGAACCCUGGCGCUGAUGACAACAACCUCAACUCCAUCUUCUACGAGCACCUGGCGCGUUCGCUGCAGCACACGCUGUGUGGGGACCUGGCGCUGGGCCGCUGGGGCAACUACGGCCCUGGUGACUGCUUCGUCCUGGCCUCCGACUACCUCAACGCCCUGGUGCACCUCAUCGAGGUUGGCAAUGGCCUCGUCACCUUCCAGCUGCGUGGCCUUGAGUUCCGGGGCACUUACUGCCAGCAGCGCGAGGUGGAGGCCAUCACCGAGGGUGUGGAGGAGGACGAGGGCUGUUGCUGCUGCGAACCCGGCCACCUGCCACGGGUCCUGUCCUUCAAUGCCGCCUUCGGGCAGCGCUGGCUGGCCUGGGAGGUGACGGCCAGCAAGUACGUGCUGGAGGGCUAUAGCAUCAGUGACAAUAACGCUGCCUCCAUGCUGCAGGUCUUCGACCUCCGCAAGAUCCUCAUCACCUACUAUGUCAAGAGCAUCAUCUACUACGUGAGCCGCUCACCAAAGCUGGAGGCGUGGCUCAGCCACGAGGGCAUCGCGGCAGCCCUGAGGCCUGUGCGGGCGCCCGGCUAUGCCGACUCGGAUCCCACCUUCUCUCUGAGUGUGGAUGAGGACUAUGACCUCCGCCUGUCUGGCCUCUCGCUGCCCUCCUUCUGCGCAGUGCACCUCGAGUGGAUCCAGUACUGUGCCUCCCGGCGCAGCCAGCCCGUGGACCAGGAUUGGAACUCCCCGCUGGUCACGCUGUGUUUUGGCCUAUGUGUGCUGGGCCGCCGGGCCCUGGGGACAGCUUCUCACAGCAUGUCUGCAAGCCUGGAGCCCUUCCUCUACGGCCUGCACGCCCUGUUCAAGGGGGAUUUUCGCAUCACCUCCCCACGCGACGAGUGGGUCUUUGCCGACAUGGACCUGCUUCACCGCGUCGUGGCGCCUGGGGUUCGCAUGGCCCUCAAGCUUCACCAGGACCACUUCACGUCCCCAGAUGAAUAUGAGGAGCCAGCAGCCCUAUACGAUGCCAUUGCGGCCAACGAGGAGCGGCUGGUCAUCUCACAUGAGGGUGACCCGGCAUGGCGCAGCGCCAUCCUCAGCAACACGCCCUCCCUGCUGGCGCUGCGCCACGUCCUGGAUGAUGCCUCUGAUGAGUACAAGAUCAUCAUGCUCAACCGGCGCCACCUCAGCUUCCGAGUCAUCAAGGUGAACCGGGAGUGCGUGCGCGGCCUGUGGGCCGGGCAGCAGCAGGAGCUGGUGUUCCUGCGCAACCGCAAUCCUGAGCGUGGCAGCAUCCAGAAUGCCAAGCAGGCGCUUCGCAACAUGAUCAACUCCUCCUGUGACCAGCCGCUGGGCUACCCCAUCUACGUGUCGCCUCUCACCACCUCGCUGGCUGGCAGCCACCCCCAGCUACGGGCACUGUGGGGUGGCCCCAUCAGCCUGGGUGCCAUUGCCCGCUGGCUCCUGCGCAGCUGGGAGAGGCUUCACAAGGGCUGUGGUGCCGGCUGCAAUAGUGGCGGGAACGUGGAUGAUUCAGACUGUAGCGGGGGCGGUGGCCUGACCUCCCUCAGCAGUAACCCCCCCAUGGCACACCCCACGCCUGAAAACACGGCAGGCAAUGGUGACCAACCCCUCCCACCAGGCCCUGGCUGGGGGCCGCGGCCCUCCCUGAGUGGCUCUGGUGAUGGGCGGCCCCCACCUCUGCUGCAGUGGCCUCCCCCUCGGCUCCCUGGACCACCCCCUGCAUCGCCUACCCCCACAGAGGGUCCCCGGACCUCACGGCCCCCUGGCCCUGGUCUCCUCAGUUCUGAGGGCCCCAGUGGGAAGUGGAGCCUGGGGGGCCGGAAGGGGCUGGGAGGAUCUGAUGGGGAGCCAGCCUCAGGUAGCCCCAAAGGAGGUACCCCCAAAUCUCAGGCGCCUCUAGACCUCAGCCUCAGCCUCAGCCCGGAUGUCAGCACUGAGGCCUCACCCCCCAGAGCUGCCCAGAACAUUCCUUGCUUGGACAGCAGUGCCCCUGAGAGUGGCACACCUAUGGGUGCCCCGGGCGACUGGCCUGCCCCUGUCGAGGAGCGUGAGAGCCCGGCCGCCCAGCCUCUGCUGGAACACCAGUACUGAGCUACGUGGCGCCCACUGGACUUCCUCCUGGGACUCAGUAACGGACCUGCCCUGCUGCCUCUCUGCUGGACCACAGAACUGAGUGGCUUUGGCCUCCGUGUCUGAACCCUGACCUCUGGCUGCCUUGGCCAGAGUACCAAAACUGAAUGACCCAGACCUCUGACCUUGACCCCUGAUCUCUCUCAUCCCCAGUCCAGGGCCUGGGCUACCCAGAUGGAGGCAGUCAGCCUCCCAGCCAGACCCUAAGAGCCAAACCAUGGGCUGGUCCCUCUUGGAGCCCGUGGUCAGGACCACCUCAGCCCCUGGGCCUGCACUGACAGCAGGGGUGGUCCCCUUGGCCUGGACCUGGGGCCUGAAGUGUGGGAAGGGUGGUUUCUUUAUUUCCUUUUUUUUUUGGUUUGUUUUUUUUUUUUUUUUUUUGUGCUUCGGAGACAUCAGAGUUAAUAACACUAUUUUUGAUUUUG